GACGUGCGCGUCUGCGUGUGUGUGGAUGCGAGAUCUGGACGGAUGGCGUGGCCGCACGGUUGGUUUACUUGAGCUCUGUGUACCUUUUGAGAGGUUGUACGCAACGACGUGCACGAGGAAAAUGACGGCGCACGAUCAAAUGCGAGCUAUGCUCGACCAGUUAAUGGGCACAGGACGAAAUGGUGAAAAUAACAAAUUUCAAGUGAAAUACUCCGACUCGAAGGUCUGCAAGAGUUUUUUGCUGGCCUGCUGCCCCCAUGAAAUCCUCUCGUCGACGCGCAUGGACCUGGGAGAAUGCCCCCAGAUUCACGACUUGGCCCUACGGGCUGACUACGAGGCCGCGCAAAAGAAGAAGGAUCACUUCUACGACAUUGAUGCGAUGGAGCAUCUUCAAAACUUCAUCGCCGACUGCGACCGUCGUACGGAGCAAGCCAAGCAGCGACUGGCGGAGACGCAAGAGGAGCUGAGCGCGGAAGUGGCGGCGAAGGCGAACAACGUCCACGUGCUCGCCGAGGAGAUUGGUAAGAAACUAGCCAAGGCCGAGCAGCUCGGCGAGGAGGGCUUUGUCGAGGAGUCGAUGAAACUGAUGGGCGAGAUCGACGAGCUGCGCAAAAAGAAGAACGAAGCGGAGCAGGAGUAUCGAAACAGUAUGCCGGCGUCAAGUUACCAGCAACAGAAGCUGAGAGUGUGCGAGGUGUGCAGCGCCUAUCUCGGAAUACAUGACAAUGACAGACGAUUGGCGGAUCACUUCGGUGGGAAGCUGCAUCUCGGCUUCAUCAAAAUCCGCGAGAAGCUCGCCGAGCUUCAAAAGACCGUCGAGGAGAGGCGCAAGGAGAAGCGCGAGUCUAUGCUCGACAGAAGACGGGACAGAGACAGGGAGGACCGCGACAAAGACCGCGAUAGGGAGAGGAGUCGCGGGAACUUGGGCUACAGAGACCGCGACCGCGACAGAGAUCGGGACCGUGACCGUGACCGCGAUCGAGACCGCGACCGUGACCGCGAUCGCGAUCGCGACCGUGACCGUGACCGCGACCGUGAUCGCGAUCGCGAUCGUGACCGCGAUCGCGAGCGCGACCGCGAACGCGACCGGGACCGGGAACGCAGGGACAGCGGUAGGAGAAAGUCACGAUCUCGCAGUCGCAGUCGUGGAAGAAGAUCAAAACGUUCUCGCAGUGGCAGCCACAGCCGUCGAUCUCGUUCUCGCCGUAGCGGAUCUAACGACCGUAAGAGAUAAGAGACAAGAUGUAUAAGGACUAUGCUCAAAUGUUUCUUUUUCCUUCCACUCACGCGCACUUUCGUAACGUGUAAUAUGUAACACCAAUUCGCGCGCGCACGCGGAAUGCAUUUGCGCCGAUAAUGCGCUACAGCAAAUGCGAUACAUUUUGACAUAAUCUUUGUACAUUACUUGUCACCCAAUCGAUAUGUUAAUGCGACAUGCUAUUUAUGUCAAAUCUAUUCCUACUAAAGUAUGUCUUAAAUUUCGUUUUAGAUCUAAUCUACAUGUGUAAUCUUUUUUUGGCUUUUAAAAUAGUUUUAAUCUACUGUAAAUAAGAAUAGAUUAAGUACAACUUGUAUUGACAGUUGUUACAUGUUUAACAUAUUUGAUCAUAUACAAUAAUAAAUAAUAGUAGCCUAAA